UUGCGUGCGGUGAGAGAGGGAAAGAGAGAUUGAGAGAAACAAAUGGAGAAGAGUGUGAGCACCCUAUCGGCAAAGGACGCAUUCGAGAAGCUAGAGAAGGUAGGAGAAGGGACGUAUGGGAAGGUGUACAGAGCAAUUGAUAAAUCAACCGGCAAGAUCGUUGCUCUCAAGAAGACUCGCCUGCACGAGGAUGAAGAAGGCGUCCCUCCGACUACUCUCCGUGAGGUUUCUAUUCUGCGUAUGCUCUCUAGGGAUCCCCAUGUUGUCAGGCUGAUGGAUGUAAAACAAGGUCAGAACAAAGAAGGAAAGACGGUGCUGUAUUUGGUGUUUGAGUACAUGGACACGGAUCUCAAGAAAUUCAUUCGUAGUUUCCGUCAAACCGGAGAAAACAUCCCCGCUCCAACAGUCAAAAGCUUGAUGUAUCAACUUUGCAAGGGCGUUGCUUUCUGCCAUGGUCAUGGAAUCUUGCAUAGGGAUCUGAAGCCCCAUAACCUCUUGAUGGACCGCAAAACGAUGAUGCUUAAAAUAGCUGAUCUUGGAUUGGCUCGAGCAUUUACCGUGCCAAUCAAAAAAUACACACACGAGAUCCUGACCUUGUGGUAUAGAGCUCCUGAAGUCCUUUUGGGAGCAACCCAUUACUCAAUGGCGGUAGAUAUGUGGUCUGUAGGUUGCAUAUUCGCUGAACUAGUCACCAAGCAGGCCCUCUUUCCUGGUGAUUCUGAGCUGCAACAGCUCCUGCAUAUAUUCAGGCUGUUGGGUACUCCAAAUGAGGAGAUUUGGCCAGGCGUUAGUAAACUAAUGAACUGGCAUGAGUACCCCCAGUGGAGCCCUCAAAAUCUGUCAACUGCUGUUCCUAAUUUGGACGACACUGGUUUGGAUCUGCUUUCUCAAAUGCUGCAAUACGAGCCUUCAAGGCGUAUUUCUGCAAAGAAAGCUAUGGAACACCCUUACUUCGACGAACUGGACAAGAAGCAUCUUUAGGAUGAUUACAGCUGCCGUUUAACUUGCUUUUCUCAAGCACGUCCAUUGUCGCCUAAAAAUCUAUUUUAGGAUGAUUAAUUUCUUUGCUGGUUAAUUUCGACUUGUGCUUUUUUUUUUUUUAAACUCCGGUGUAGUAUAGUUUGACUUGGAGUUCCCUCUCGAUUACUGUUCUCGUUGGAUUGUGGACUCCUAAAUCCAGAUGUUCCAAAAUAUAACCACAUUUCAAGUCACAAUCCGCUUGGGAAUGGGCGAAAUUGAAGCCAAGGCAUGCAAGUCUACUAGUAGCACACAUGCACGGACUUUUUCCCUUCUUUUGCUGCCCGUUAUCGUACAGGGAUAUUUUGUGGGUUUGGUGCGGGUAGCGGGAUUUGAAGUUAUCUAAACCAAAAUCGUAGAGUCUGCAUUUUGUUGUUAGUAGGUGUCCACAUACUGUAAACGAUAUUGCUAUUCAGGUCCUGAAUAUAAGAUUUACUUUAUAUAUAAAAUGGAUAUUAUAUUUAAAA